AUGGACUCCUCCCCUGUCAACCAGGGCAAUGGGCUCAACUUUCUCGCACCGCCGCCUCCAGCAGUGAACCAACCGCCCAUGAUAUUCGGGAGCUAUUCCGCAGACGGCUCGCCGGUGCCAGCAUCGCUGUCUGCGCCAAUCUUUACAGACGAUGGUGCAUCAAUGGGCAUGGAGGAUGGCACCGACCAGGGCGAUGCGAAGAGACGGAGGAUUGCCCGGGCAUGUGACAUGUGUAGGAAGAAGAAGAUAAAAUGCGACGGAAAGAUGCCGGCGUGUUCACAUUGCCUGAAUUACAAGACAGAGUGCAUUUUUACGCAGGUCGAGAAGAAGCGUCAACCUCCCAAGGGCGCAAAGUAUAUUGAGGGCUUGGAGAACAGGCUUGGCCGCAUGGAGUCCUUGCUAAGGCUCUCGGGGCUCCUUUCGGAAGGCGAUGCGCAAACCGACUUGGGGACCUUGGAGAAGAGACUUGCGGACAAGACUACAACUGGCAGCAAGACCGCGACACCUUCCAGGACAUCUGAGGUCUCAGGCCCAGCUCCAGAAGCGCGCUCUGAAAGCAUACCAUCGUAUCAAAAUACCCCGCAGCAGCCUAGAUUGGCCAGUCCGACAAGUGGUAUGGCCUCUCCAGAGCCGCCGCCGACAAACGGCUCUCAGCGAAAUGGCACUCAAGAGAAGCCCGAGCAAGAAGUUGACUCUCUAUCUGAUAUGAUGUGUUCUUUGGUGACGAACAACUGCGGCGAGACUCGAUACAUAGGCUCUUCAUCUGGUUUCUCCAUCUUCUCGCCGAAAGGCAUACAGUGGGUAAAUGAGAAGACCGGAGACACUGCCUUUCAAGACAUGAUACAGUGCGCCGCGGUAGACGACAAAUGGAUACACUGGAAGCCUGACGUAUUCCGUGACAUCUUUGCCAGACGUGUGUUCAAGCCUCUGCCACCAAAGAACGAGGCUCUGUCCCUGCUCAAAGACUAUUUCGAGAACUUUAAUUGCAUGUUCCCUCUGUUUCACGAACCUACCUUUAUGCAUCUUGUCGACAAGCACUACUCCAAUGAUCCUUACGAAGGUUCUGGCUGGUGGGCGAGCUUGAAUGUUGCUCUUGCAAUCGCCCACAGAUUGAGAGUCAUGAGCAACCUGGUACCCCAAGACGAAGACCAGAAGGCUUGGGGCUAUCUGAAGAAUGCUUUGGCUGUUCAGACAGAGCUCACGAUCCGAAACACAGAUCUACUCAGCGUGCAAGCUCUGCUAGGAAUGGCCUUGUUUUUGCAAGGAACUCCUAAUCCGCAGCCUUCCUUCUUCUUUGUCGCCGCCGCCAUCCGGUUGUCGCACAGUAUAGGAUUGCAUAAACGAGGAUCAGGCUUCAACCUCAACCCCAGCGAGAUUGAACAGAGGAAGAGAGUCUUCUGGAUAGCGUACAUGGUGGACAGAGACGCCUGCUUGCGAUCUGGACGGCCUCCUAUACAGGAUGACGAUGAUAUGAACGUUGAAUUGCCGAGCGAGGAUCCACCGGAUAAUGUCGGCAACAUUCCUCUUGGGGACGGCAAGGGCAAGGUCAAUCUCUUCCGACUAAUGUGCACAUUCUCCGUGAUCGAGAGCAAAGUAUACAAACAGCUAUACUCAGUAAAAGCAUCGAAGCAGUCAGACGGCGAACUGCUCAACACUAUCGGCGAGCUAGAUCGCGAGCUCGAAGAGUGGAAAGACGCCAUACCCAUAGACUUCCGGCCUGAGCACGAGAUCAAAGCAUCUCAUACGCCACUUAUCCUGCACGUGGUUGUCCUGCACUUCGCAUACUACAACUGUCUCACCACGAUACAUCGCAUGUCUGUGCAUCAUGGCUACUGGACUAGCCGGCUGUCCAACUAUGCGAUACAGGGAUUGAACGCCAGACCACUGAAUCCGAGGGUCUUCUCGUCGGCCGCGCUGUGCGUGCAGGCAGCGCGCGCCUCAAUUCAUCUUAUCAAGUACAUUCCACAAGGCGACUUCGCCUGCGUAUGGAUGAUCAUCUACUUCCCCGUCUCAGCCCUCGUAACCCUCUUCGCCAACAUCCUCCAAAACCCCCAAGACACCCGCGCCCGCUCCGAUCUGAAGCUCAUGAACCUAGUCGUGAGCUUCCUGUCCAUGCUCUGCUCGGACGAGGAAAACGGCAGCAAUGGCAGCAUACGGCGUAUGCUGAGCGUGUGCUCGGAAUUCGAGCGCAUCGCCAAGGUCGUUCUCGACAAGGCUGACAAGGAGUCAUCUUCGCGGCGGAAACGCAAGCAGCAGCAGGAGCAGGCCCAGUCGUUGAACGGAGGAUCGCAGGCUCCGUCGACUCAGCAGCAGCAGCAACAAGCUCGGGUGUGGCAACAGCCGACGGCGCCACAAACACCUGCACAGCAGACGGGUAACCUACCCAACCCGUUUACUCCCAACUUCGGCAGCGAUCUCAGCGAUCAACCCUUUCCCUUCACCCCCAACCCCCCCACAACCCUCCCCACCACCACAAACUGGCUUCCCGACUUCUCGCCGCCCCUAGGCGGCUCCUCCCUCCUCUCGCAAACGACCUCCUUCGCAGACAUGCAAUAUACCCAACCAACCACCAACGGGUCCGGCAUGAACGGCUCUGGUAUGAGUGGUUUCGGGGGCUUAGGCAGCGGGCUCGAUAUCGGGAACACAUUUCAGCAUCCGUUUGUGCCGCAGGAUCUGUGGCAGAUGCCUAUGACGCUGGAGUGGGAUUGGGCGGAUAUGACCGCGGGGGCGUUGGGAGGGUUUGAUGACGGGAUCAGUAUGAAUGGAAUUAAUGGGGGCCCGGGUUCUGGUGGGCAGGGAGACAAUGAGGGCGAUGCGGGCAGACAGCAGGAGCAGAGGUAG